GAGGAGCACAAGGAUUAAGAUUGAGAGAAGAGGAGGAAAUCUCUACAAUAAUCUUCUUUUCUUCUUCCUCCUGUUUCGAAGUCCUCUUCUCUGCGUCGUUGUUUUUAAGUCUUCUCCCAUUUGCUGUUGGGAAAAAUGUUCAUUGAGAGCUUUAAGGUAGAGAGUCCUAACGUUAAAUACACAGAGAAUGAGAUUCACUCUGUGUACAACUACGAGACCACUGAGCUUGUCCAUGAGAACAGAAAUGGCACCUAUCAGUGGAUUGUCAAGCCCAAGAGUGUUAAAUAUGAAUUCAAGACCGAUACCCAUGUCCCUAAACUAGGGGUUAUGCUUGUGGGAUGGGGAGGAAACAACGGUUCAACCCUCACUGCUGGGGUAAUUGCCAACCGAGAAGGAAUCUCCUGGGCAACCAAGGACAAAGUGCAACAAGCCAAUUAUUUUGGCUCGCUAACCCAAGCAUCGACAAUUCGAGUUGGGUCUUUCAAUGGGGAGGAGAUCUAUGCUCCUUUCAAGAGCCUGCUCCCUAUGGUGAACCCAGAUGACAUUGUGUUUGGGGGAUGGGAUAUUAGUGACAUGAACAUUGCAGAUGCAAUGGCUAGGGCCAAGGUCCUGGACAUUGAUCUGCAGAAGCAAUUGAGGCCCUACAUGGAAUCCAUGGUCCCACUCCCCGGAAUCUACGACCCUGAUUUUAUUGCUGCUAACCAAGGUGCACGUGCCAACAACGUGAUCAAAGGGACCAAGAAAGAACAAGUCCAACAAAUCAUCAAAGAUAUCAGGGAGUUUAAGGAGGCAAGUAAGGUGGAUAAGGUGGUUGUGCUGUGGACUGCCAACACAGAGAGGUACAGUAAUGUGAUUGUGGGGCUAAACGACACCAUAGAAAGCCUCUUCGCUUCUUUGGACAAGAAUGAGGCUGAGAUAUCUCCUUCCACCUUGUAUGCCUUGGCUUGUAUUCUUGAGAAUAUUCCUUUUAUCAACGGAAGCCCUCAGAACACUUUUGUUCCAGGACUGAUUGAUUUGGCUAUUCAGAGGAACAGUUUGAUUGGCGGGGAUGACUUCAAGAGUGGUCAGACCAAGAUGAAAUCUGUGUUGGUCGAUUUCCUUGUUGGGGCUGGCAUUAAGCCAACAUCCAUAGUGAGCUACAACCAUCUGGGAAACAAUGACGGCAUGAAUCUCUCAGCACCACAAACUUUCCGCUCCAAAGAAAUCUCCAAGAGCAAUGUUGUUGAUGACAUGGUCUCCAGCAACGCCAUCCUUUAUGGGCCUGGCGAGCAUCCUGACCAUGUCGUGGUCAUCAAGUAUGUGCCCUACGUUGGGGAUAGCAAGAGAGCCAUGGACGAGUACACCUCAGAAAUCUUCAUGGGUGGGACGAAUACCAUAGUGCUCCACAACACCUGUGAGGACUCCCUGUUGGCUGCUCCCAUCAUCCUAGAUUUGGUGCUUCUUGCUGAGCUCAGCUCCCGUAUCCAGCUCAAAGCUGAUGGAGAGGGCAAGUUUCACUCAUUCCACCCUGUGGCUACUAUUCUCAGUUACCUCACCAAGGCUCCACUUGUUCCACCUGGCACGCCAGUGGUGAAUGCUCUGUCAAAGCAGCGGGCUAUGCUUGAGAACAUACUGAGGGCUUGCGUUGGAUUGGCUCCUGAGAACAACAUGAUUUUGGAAUACAAGUGAAUUACAGGGAGGGAUUGAUGCGAGAUCGGUUCAUGGAAGUUGAGGGAUCAUCCCCCUAAGUCUAUAUGUUUGAUGUUAAUGUUGGUGUGAGAAGAUUAUGUGUAGCAUUCUAUGUCUGGAAGUUGUUAAUUUUAUCUUUUGCAAAGGCCCUCAUCUGUGGCCCUGUUGCUUUAGCUCAUUCUGGAGAAAGCAACUCUUUUGUGUUGGAAAUAGAGAAUUACAUAAGGAUUAGUUGUAAUGUUGUCUUGUGAAGUCUAGUCCAGCGUUGCUUCUCCUUUACUCUUCUUCUGUGAUAUAUAUACUAGCAAUUCUGCAACUCCUAUUUUGGAAGGAAGUAAAUUAUACAUAUAUUUUAUUU